AUGCCUAGUCCUUCGCCCAAGCCAUCCUCGCCCAUCCCCUGCGCGCGCAGUCGCGCCCAAACCCUCGACAACUCUUGGCCACCCGCCAACAACCCAGAGCAAGGCCCCUUCCUGCCUCUGCAACCACUCGACAACGUUCCCUCUGCCGCUUAUCUCGAUACUCCCGAGAUAUUCCAGCCGACCGUCAGCACCGGCCCCCUCCAGCUCGUCGACUCGAUGCGCCUCCAGACAAUCCACGAUACCAACUACAUCCCAGUCGGCCUGCGCGUCGUAGACCCCAACGGCACAAACAACGCCGGCAACGUUUACGCUCCUCUUCCCAUCGGUAACUACAGCACCGGUAUUGCGUUCAGUAUCGGCCAUGGAGAGCGUAUGCAGGAUGUUUAUGAGCGGGCGGUGCAGAUUACCGGCUCGCAGAGGAUCAUGGGAAUUAUGUUUGCGCCCGGUUCUGACCAGGGUACUGUCAGGGAUGUGGAUUGGAGCUUUCUAAGCCCGCCUGUGGAGGAUGUUUAUUCUGAUACGGGACGGGUUGAUCGGGAGAGGCAGGAGAUGGAGAUUGACCUUUCAGUUGUUGAUCACGAUCUCGAGACCUUCAGGGCUCGCGAGGAAGAAGAGGUCAAGGCUGGAGAGACCAAAUCUGCAGGGACCGAGACAUCUGGAGAGCCUGAAGUCGAGGACACUGGUAUCAAGCUUCAUCAUAUGAUCAAGGAGAUGAUGCUGGAGGACAAGAAGGACAAGGAGGACGCGAAGUGA